AUCCGCAACUUUGCGCUGGCAUCAUCGCCACCCGCCGCCUUCAACGCCGCCAUCGACCUACGCGAUAGCACCGGCACUGCAUCAUCAUCGCCGCUGGCAAACAACUCCAACGACGAUGACGACGGUACGCCGUCGAGCAUCGCCAUUCUGGGCUCCAGCCUGCCGCGCUCCGCUGGCCACACGCUCGAAUCGCAAAUGUACAAGAUGCGUCUGCGCGGCCCCAACGCCGUCCCAGCCCCGCGCGUGUCGUCGCCACUGGCGCCCGCUCACGACUCUGCGUCGCGCCGGACCAUCGUCGGGUGCAGCAGCAGUUGCCCAGCAGGCGCUAGGGACGACGGGCUCAGCGGUGCCGUCACGGACGCCAUCGAACUAUUUCCGCGCGCAGUUGCCGCCACUGCCAGGUGCGAAUGGCGUGGCGGGGCAGUCAAACUCGUCGGUAGCGAGCCUGGCGCAUGCAUCGGUGCGCACGGCAUCGCAGAGCCACCUGAGCCCGUACGCGCACCGGUCGGGCAACAGCAGCGAGAACAGCAGCACCGACGGCAGCCCGGCAGGAUCGGUGGUGCCGCCGCACUCGGUCAAUGUGCCGAGCCCGCUGGCUCGCUCCAGCGAUGAGACGCCGGCGGCGCGUAAGCCCACGGUGAUGCGCAAGCGGGCGAAGCUGACGCGUACACGCUGGCAUUUCGGCAUCCGGUCGCGGUCGCCGCCUGCCGACGUCAUGGCUGAGGUCUACCGGGCGCUGCUGCAGCUGGGCAUGAAGUGGAAGCACUUUAACCCCUACCAUCUGCGUGCCAUGUAUAUCGACGCGCAGGGCCGCCAGGUCAAGAUCGACCUGCAGCUGUACAAGCUCGACUCGCGUGACAACUACCUGGUCGACUUCAAGGCUGUUAUCCCGACCCCCAAGUCCACGGCUGACUUGGGCGCCAGCGACUCGGGCACCAUCCCGACAUACCGUGCAGGUGAGAACACGCUGAUAGCUCCGCCACCACCGUUCAUCCAGGCAGCCCGCCGGCGGAUGUCAUCGGCUGCACGGCCCGUUUCGGCGGUAUUGGACGACGUCGCCAUGAUGAUGGGUGCCGAGCAGGCCGAGCCGCGGUCGCUCGACGACCAGUUCCUGGACUCGGACUACCCUAUCCAGAUUCCAGCUGAGGUGCCCGCGCCAUCGCUGCCAGCCGGCCACGACCGCUCAGACAUGCUGCCGGAGCCCGACACAUUACCAGCACGCACCAUGCAGCGGCGGUUGGGCGGCGGCUCGCCGAUGUCGUCUGCAGCGGGCUUUGAAGAGUCCAGCGAGAGUAUAGAGGCUUCGGGUGGUAUUCCGAUCCCCGGCUCGCUGGCAAAGUCGCCGGUGCGCGCAAUCGACAUCAACCAAAGACGCAAUCUGGCCGAAUCACAGAGCUCUGGCCAGUUCCUGGGCGGCACGCCGCGUAGCCAGGGGAAGGCGCCCGGCAGCUACAUGCCCGGCAGCGUCGUCGGCCGCGUGUCAUUGGCACGCACAGACGUGUCGCUGACCGCCGAUGGCGUCGGCGCCGGCAAUGGCGCAAGUAGAUUGGCGCAGGAGCGCGUGGUCAAUGCGUUCCCGUUCUUUGACGUGUGCUGCAGGCUAAUUACGGAGCUGGCUGUGCCGUCGGCCCCACAGGCGUCGUAAGCAUGGCCCGCCUUGUGUUGGAAUAUAGACUUGCUUCUUCUUUUUCUCAUUAUUUCUUGCUGCUGCUAGCUCAACCUGGCGGCCUUGGUUGAUUAUUGUAAACACAUAGUACUACCUUUUUGGUGGUGGAAAUGGUGUGUGAUUUCUUGCAAUGUUUGGGGCUCCAAUCAGAGCAUACGUUGAUUUCU